GCUUUAUAAAGAUCCGACCGAGGACCAGAGAGAGUCAGAACAAAAACGAAAAGGAACAGGCACAAGAACAAACAAGAUAACUGCCGAACUCUCCCUCAGCUUGGAACACGGAAAGCUGCACUGACACGAAAACACAUCAAUCAAGGGGCCCCUUUCCAAAGCGAUUAGAAAAUAAUUAGAGAAGGGUUGCACAAAUAGAUAAACAAACUAUCCAGCUCCGAUUGACAGUUACAACUUUUAUUUCAAAAAUAAGUUUGAGAAUCAACAACAGAGUAGAGAAAAUGAUGCAAAUCUCAGAAUCCCACCUGCAGAAGAACUCCCUGUUCAACUCCAUGAACCGCUUCAUUGGAGCCGUCAACAACAUGGACCAGACGGUGAUGGUGCCCAGCCUGCUGCGGGACGUCCCACUGGAAGAAGAGAGGGAGAUGGCCGCCCUCAAAAGCUCGGGAAACAGCGACAUCGAGGACGGCGACAUGUACAGCUACUACCAGCUCCUGAAGUCCAUCCGCUGCGACAUCGAGUGGGGAGUGAUGCGCGCCGAGGAAGCCGAKAAGCUCAAGGAGAGCCGGGGUCCCAGCUCUCGGAUUGAUUCCAAGGAAGAAGAAUCGGAGGUGUCGUCCGAGGAAGACGAGGUUAACCUGCAAAAGCAGUUCCAGUUCCACAUGACAGGGCUUCACGGAGUGCUGUCCAAGCUGACGCAACAGGCCAACACUCUCACCAACCGCUACAAGCAGGAGAUCGGCAUUGGAUGCUACUAAAGUGUAGCGUAAUGACCCGAGCGAUCCCGCAUUCCCUGAUGAUCGAUGUUGUAUUAUUUAGCGAAAAGGAGUUGAACUGAAAUGAAUAGUCUAUCACUUAUGACAUUCUUUUGAAUAGAUGGAGAGAGAAAGAAAAAAAGAGAUGUAAUAUUUAACCUUUGUUGAUCCAAAGUAAUGUUGUGGUUGAACUGCAAUGUGGUAUACCUGGGUUCCAUUACCACCUGUUUUGCACUCGGUUUUGCGCACAGUCUAUGUUUUAUGAGCGGUGUUCAACCGUGACCCAUGCAUUCAGCUCAAGUGGUACACAUAUAAUGCAUAUUUAUACUUUUAUUUAAUAUUGAUGUAUAACUUAUUACCUCAUACUGUAUGUUUGAGAGCUGUAUAUUUCAUGGUUGAAGAAGUGCAUGACCGCAGACAUUUGGCUACAUUUUGAACAUCCCAUUAAGGGAUAAAUGCGCAUAGGAUUUAGCAUGUCUAAUGAUGCCAAUGUGUCAAAUAGUCUGUACAGGUUUUGUACUUCUUCCUAUUGUGUCUUUAUUAUGUGCUUAGCUAAAUGGAGGAGGCUUGACAGAUUCUUGCCUAUGAUCCCAAUGCUACCCUAUAUGAUCAUUGAACUGGAAUCAACAGAUGGUUCUUCUGAAAUAAUGAAGGAUUCCAAGAGAUCAUGUUAUUAUGGUGUUAUUGCCAUGGUAAUUAUGGAGAGGUGAAACUCUAUAAGACCAUUUAUUUAAUGUACUAUUUUAUGUUUUGUAUUGAAUAUAUUUGUAUGGAGAAAUAAACUUGUUUUUAUAACUGAAA